AUGACAAAGAUGAAUGAUCCUUUGGUUAAAGACGGAUGGUUUAUGGAAAAGAACGAAAUGUGGCCUGGCCAAGCUGCCGGUCUACAAGUAGAAGAGGUGCUAUUCCAUGAGAAAUCUGAAUACCAGGAUGUGAUGGUUUUUCGAUCUACGCAUCAUGGCAAUGUGCUUGUGUUGGACAAUGUUAUUCAGGCCACAGAGCGUGAUGAGUUUUCGUAUCAAGAGAUGAUCACCCAUUUAGCAAUGAACUCGCAUCCUAAUCCAAAGCAGGUACUUGUCAUUGGAGGAGGUGAUGGUGGCGUGUUGCGUGAAGUCGUCAAACAUCCUGAAGUGGAAGGGGUAACGCUAGUGGAGAUUGACGAGAUGGUAUUGCGUGUGGCCAAAGAACACAUGGGUGAAAUGGCUAUUGGGUUUGAUCAUCCAAAGGUGUCGGUUGUCAUCCAAGAUGGUGUUGAGUUUUUACGAGACAAAUCCAAUAUCUAUGAUGUCGUGAUUGUCGACUGCUCGGAUCCAGAUGGCCCUGCUGAAGGCUUAUUCUCAUACGCAUUCUAUGAGAUGCUCAAGCGUGCAAUGACUGACAAGGGUAUCUUCAUCACUCAAGCUGAAGUCAUGUGGCUUGAUAUGGAAACUAUUCGUAAAGCGGUGGUAUUCAACCGUACCAUUUAUCCGCAAGUGCGUUAUUCAUAUGCUUGCGUGCCAUCUUAUCCCACUGGCCAAAUUGGUUUCAUUGUGUGCUCCAAGGAUCCUACUUUGGAUCCCAGCAAACCCUUGCGUUGCUGGUCAGAGGAUGAAGAAAACAAGCUAUGCCGCUACUACAGUGCUGCCAUCCAUAAGGCAUCUUUUAUCCUUCCUCAAUUUGCCAAGCGUGUGCUUGAAUCAUGA